AUGUACAUUUUACCUGCUGAAAGUACAGUUGACACCAGCCGAAUUGUGCAUAUCCACUCUGUGAUCAUCCUACGCCGCUCUGAUAAGAGGAAAGAUCGUGUGGAAAUUUCACCAGAGCAGCUUUCAGCUGCUUCUACUGAAGCAGAGAGGUUGGCUGAAAUGACAGGACGUCCCAUGAGAGUUGUGGGCUGGUAUCACUCUCAUCCUCACAUUACUGUCUGGCCAUCGCAUGUUGAUGUCCGCACACAAGCUAUGUAUCAGAUGAUGGACCAAGGUUUUGUAGGGCUUAUCUUUUCCUGUUUCAUUGAGGACAAAAACACAAAGACAGGAAGGAUUCUCUACACCUGUUUCCAGUCCAUUCAGGCCCAGAAGAGCUCAGAAUAUGAAAGGAUUGAAAUACCUAUUCAUGUUGUCCCCCAUGAAACCAUUGGGAAAGUGUGUCUGGAAUCGGCUGUAGAGCUGCCCAAGAUCCUUUGCCAAGAGGAGCAAGAUGCCUACAGGAGAAUUCACAGCCUCACCCAUCUAGACUCUGUAACCAAGAUUCAUAAUGGCUCAGUGUUCACAAAAAACCUCUGCAGCCAGAUGUCUGCCAUCAGUGGGCCACUCCUUCAGUGGCUGGAGGACAGACUAGAGCAGAACAAACAGCGGGUGCAGGAGCUUCAGCAAGAGAAAGAGCAGCUCCUGGAGGAACUAGCUGCUUUAGAGUGAAGGAAGAAAUGCAGACCCUUCAGAAAAGAGACAUGAAAAAAACUCUACAACACCUACUCCUGGCUGAAUGGUGGCCCUGCAUUGCCUUACAGGGAAGAUACUAGCUGUGCUUCUUCUCUUGCCCCAUGCAGCAAAGAGCACUUCUACAGGAUAAGGGCUUUAUCUGCCCUAGCUUGAUGGAAAGCAGUGGUAUCUCUCCAGGUGCUGCAUGAUGCAGUGGAAUUCUAG